AUGGAGCCACUGAAGAACCUGCUGCGGAAGGGCGCAUGGGGGCCGGAGCGGAGUGGCGGGGCGGCCUACACCAACCCGGUGUGGACGGCGCUCUUCGACUAUGAGGCGGCAAGCAGCGACGAGCUCAGCCUGCGCCAGGGGGACCGCGUGGAGGUGCUGUCGUGGGAUGCCACUGUGUCUGGUGAUGAGGGCUGGUGGGCAGGCCGAGUGCGGAGCCAGGUGGGCAUCUUCCCCUCCAGCUACGUCUCCUUGCAGCCCGUCGGCUAUGGCGAGGCUCCAGUUCACGCCGACUUCCGGGAGCUGCGGCUGGAGGAGGUGAUUGGGGUGGGGGGCUUCGGCAAGGUGUACCGUGGCAGCUGGAAGGGCGAGCUGGUAGCGGUGAAGGCGGCGCGCCAGGACCCGGAUGAAGACAUCAGUGCCACAGCGGAGAGCGUGCGCCAGGAGGCCCGUCUCUUCGCCAUGCUGCGCCACCCCAACAUCAUCACCCUCAAGGCCGUCUGCCUGCAGGAGCCCAACCUGUGCCUGGUGAUGGAGUAUGCGGCUGGGGGCCCACUCAGCCGCGCCCUGGCCGGGCGCAGGAUCCCUCCCCAUGUGCUGGUGGACUGGGCGGUACAGAUUGCCAGGGGCAUGCAGUACCUGCACUGCGGGGCCAUCGUACCUGUCAUCCACCGCGACCUCAAGUCCAACAACAUCCUGCUGUCCCAGCGCAUUGAAGAGGAGGACAUGAAUGGGAAGACGCUGAAGAUCACAGACUUCGGGCUGGCGCGAGAGUGGCACCGCACCACGAAGAUGAGCGCAGCUGGCACCUACGCCUGGAUGGCACCCGAGGUCAUCAAGGCCUCCACCUUCUCCAAGGGCAGCGAUGUCUGGAGCUAUGGUGUGCUGCUGUGGGAGCUGCUGACUGGGGAGGUCCCGUACCGCGGCAUCGACGGGCUGGCUGUGGCCUACGGCGUCGCCGUCAACAAGCUGACGCUGCCUAUCCCCUCCACCUGUCCCCAGCCCUUCGCCCAGCUCAUGGCAGAGUGCUGGGACCAGGACCCCCAUGGGCGACCCAGCUUCGACUCCAUCCUGGCCCAGCUGACGGCACUGGAGGCCCAGGUGCUGGAGGAGAUGCCCCAGGACUCCUUCCACUCCAUGCAAGAUGACUGGAAGCUGGAGAUCCAGGGCAUGUUCGAUGAGCUCCGAGCCAAGGAAAAGGAGCUGCUGAGCCGGGAGGAGGAGCUGCAGCGGGCGGCGCUGGAGCAGAAGUCCCACGAGGAGUUCCUGCGGCAGCGGGAGCACCAGCUGGCCCAGUGGGAGCUGGAGGUGUUUGAGCGGGAGCUCACACUGCUCAUCCAGCAGAUGAACAAGGAGCCCCCCAAUGUGAAGCGCAGGAAGGGCACUUUCAAGAGGAACAAGCUCAAGGGGCGGGACAGCGAGAGGAUCAGCAUGCCCCUCGAUUUCAAACACCGCAUCACGGUGCAGGCCUCCCCCGGGCUGGACAAGAGGAAGAACGUCUUUGAGGUUGGGGCUGGGGGCUCCCCGACCUUCCCGCGCUUAAGAGCCAUCCAGUUGGAGCCCGCCGAGAGCAGCCAGAGCUGGGGCAGACAGGCACCACGCCGCACAGAUGAGGCCUGGAAUGGGGAGCGCCGCCCUGGCAAGAACUGGGGUCCCGGAUCCCCCAAGCCCUGGGAGGGCAGCACCCAAAAUGGCAGAAGGAGGUCCCGGCCGGAGGAGACAACCUGGUAUGUUGAGCCGGAGGAGCCCAAUCCUGUGGAGCCGGCCCCACCCCAGCCUGCCCUGAACGGUGAUGUCCUCUCUCUAGGCCCCAACGGGACCCAGGAGUCCGAGGAGCAGCGGGCACCGGCUCCGGAGCGUAUCAGCACCCCCAAACUCAUCCAGAGAGCACUGCUGAGGGGCACAGCACUGCUGGCCUCUCUUGGGCUGGGCCGGGACCUGUCACAGGCCCGACGGGAGGAGAAGGGGGAGCCCCCACCCGUGCCCACCCCCCCGCCUUCUCCUGAGCUCAUCCGCUUCUCCCCCAAGGACACACACUGCCCCACCUUGCUGGUGGAGCUGGACCAGGGUGGGCUGGCCCGGACGCCAGGGUCCACGAAGGAGGACCAGGAGGGGCUGGCCCGGACACCAGGGUCCACGGAGCAGGGCCAGGAGGGGCCGGCCCGGACACCAGGGUCCACGGAGCUGCUCAUCCACCUGGUCCCAGGUGGUGACAGAGGGUCCCUGACCCCCUUGUGGGGUCAGAGGUCACCAAAGAGCCCAGGAUGUGAGGAGGAGUGGAGUCCUGGCAGCAGGGCGGAUAAGUGGGGUGGGUCCCUCCCAUCGCCCUCAUCCCCCUGCAGCCCCCACUCGCCACGCCCCUCCCCACACACCAGCCUCAUCUCCCGGCCCCGCCCCUCCCCUGUGCGCAGCCGCAUCGACCCCUGGAGUUUUGUGUCGGCUGGGCCCCGUCCCUCCCCAGCCCAGUCCCCCCAGCCAGAGCCACGCCGGUGUCGGGCGGGGACCCCCGACUCCAGCAACCCCUUCAUGACCUCCGACCCCUUCUUCCACCCCUCACCGGGACCUUUUGACUCGGAGACCUUCGACCCUUUUGCCUCGGCGCCCAGAUUGACCGGUCUCUCCUGCCGCCUGGACCAUGGCCAGCUCAGUCCCUACCCCUCGCCCCCUCCACGCCUCUCCUCUGGCUUUCCUGCCCCUCUGGAGCAGACCAAAGAGACCCACCCCCUGCCAUGGUGGGUGGCCAGAUCCCCGCAGGAGGACAGCAGAGUCCCAAAGUGA